CAAUCACAUACCUCGUGCUCGUCGAAACUACGCCUCAUGGCUCCUCAUUAGCACAGCUCCUCCUCCUCCGCUGCGCACCUCAUCCUUCAACGCCCUUCUGUCGGGGCUAACGCGGUGCUUCCACAACGAUAUCAAAUGGGAUGAUGAGCUCCCAAUUCCGCAUAUGUAUCCGGAUACGGAAGAUCUUGCACGGUUGCGUGAAUGCGAAUAUGGCCGAACUGGCCACACUUGCUCGCGGGGAUCCUGCAGGAGCCGCAUGGCACAGCUCGUUGCAAGCAUUUUGUGGCAAGUAUGGAGGUGCAUCUUCGUUUGAUUGGGACCGAUCUGCAAAACGCGCCGCGGUCACCAACGUGUGGUCCCAAUUGCAGAAGCAAGCUGAGGAUAGCUCGGGUACGACGCGUUGAACCAGCAAUGGCAAGCCUAAUGCACCUCUGACUCGGCAGACACGUUGCUAAGCCUGACAGUUGUCAAAAUAUUCAUGCGCGACCGAAUGCACAUCGACGUCCUCUUGUCUCUUGAGGCACUUGAACUGUUUGUCCGACUGGCCGAACACGCGGCGGACGAACCGGCAGCUCUCGAGGCCAUCAAGUGUGCCAUUAACUCGGUCAUUGCAAGACCUGCCUUCGUCGCGGCAGUCCUUGCCACACCAACGUACGACCACAUUUUUCACUUGACAACUUUGGCCAGACCGUUUGAGUUUCACACGCUGGUGUGGAAGCUCCUCUUGGCGACAUUUGAACAUCCAGCCGCCAUCGAGCGAGUCGAGCGGACACUGCACGGCUAUGCCUGUGUCUUGCCUACGUUGGCGUAUUGCAUGCAGCCGACCGAGUUGUUUCUGAAAGACGUGGACAGGAUCGCCCUUGCCACCGAGCUGCUGAAAGUCCUCUACGUGUUCGCUUCGACGUGGCAGAAUGCUACCCACCUCCCUCCCGACAUCGACUCGACCGCCGACUCGUGCGUCCUCGUCUACGUGCUUGCGUUGCUCGGAAACGCAGCUCUGACAUGCAUGAAUAGCGCCAUGGCCCUCUUGAGCUCGACGUUGGCCCUUCCCAAUACACAGUCUGUUCUCGACUUCAAGCUGCAAGCCGCGAACGUCUUGUUGAUCGUUCAGUAUCCAGCUCUCGUGGAUCGCUUCGUGGCCCACGAUGGCGUGAAGCAUGCAGUCGCGUUCGUGGAGUACGCGAUCAUGAAAGUUCGCGUGGAGAAGACCCAGGAGCCAUCGAUCGUGACGCCACUCGUGAUUGGAUUGCACCAACUCGCCAAGAACAACGCGCACGGGUUCGAAACACUCAAACGCGCCAUCUUUGCAGGCCGCGCUCCUGGCGACAGCACAUCUCUUGCGGUGGCGAAUGCGCCACCAUUGACCCACGCCAAGCCAAACCUGCCACUGUCGCAGCUCCCCAUGAGCCCACCGUCCCUCGUCAAGGGAAGUUUGCACGAGAGCAUGUGCGCCUUCAUGACGUCUACCAACACCGACUUGAAGCGGUGCGUGAGCGAGUUUCUCUUUACGCUAUGCCACAACAAUGCGCUCGAGUUCACCCAUUGCACGGGGCUCGGCAACGCCGUCGCUCUCCUCCGCCUCAAAGGAAUCAUGUAGCUUCGGUCGUGCACGACUAGCUUGGAACACGCCGUCGCCUGCUCGAGGGCCAUCUUAACGACGUAACGAGAAUCACCGUCGCGGUGUUCAGAUUGCA